AUGUCAACCCGGGUCCAGACAGGCACACGACCCGGGGCACGUUUUGCCCAGUUCAAACUCGUCCUGUUAGGUGAAUCUGCGGUUGGAAAGAGUUCCCUUGUCUUAAGAUUCGUCAAAGAUCAGUUCGAUGACUAUAGAGAGUCAACAAUCGGUGCCGCCUUCCUCACACAGACCAUAUCCCUCGAUGAUAGUACAACGAUAAAGUUUGAAAUAUGGGAUACUGCUGGACAAGAGAGAUACAAGUCGCUUGCGCCCAUGUACUACCGUAACGCAAAUUGUGCUGUGGUUGUCUACGAUAUUACACAAGCCUCCUCUCUUGAUAAAGCCAAAGCUUGGGUGAAAGAGCUACAACGGCAAGCCAAUGAGAACAUCAUUAUCGCUCUUGCAGGCAACAAGGCAGAUCUGGUUGCGGAACAACCAGACAAGCGUGUAAUCCAGACGGCAGAUGCAGAGGCAUACGCAAGAGAAGCAGGUCUGCUAUUUUUCGAAACUUCCGCAAAGACCGCCGAGAAUGUCCGAGAUCUCUUCACGGCGAUCGCAAGGAAGCUGCCUUUGGACCAAGCUGGUCCGAGAGGGCUAAGGGCGAACCCUCGACCAGGUGUGGACUUAAGGCCGGAAGCAUCAGGGACGCAGACAGGUGGUCCUUGCAAUUGCUAA